GAGCGAGUUGACAGCAAAGUGUGCGCACUACUAGCUUCCUGUUCGUCAGUCGUGUUUGUUGUUCACCGAGUGUAGUCUGAACACCUUGUCGACAGAGAAGGCAACGAUGAAACCUACACUUCCGUGAUUACACUUACAACGAGGGCUGCUGGCAUAACUUUGGAGGGGGCUAACAAACCGGGAACGGUGUUUCGAUGUAUCUUAGACUUAGCCGGAUGAUGAGUCUGUUAGCGUAAUGUCGCUGAGUUCAGGCGGGUGGACUCACACCCUUCCGACGGACCCGUCCUCAUCUAUCUCAGGCUAUGGGGCCUCGCAGGCGAGCUGUCAUACCGUCUUAAUGUCGGUUAGGGUAUCAGUUUGCCACUCUGGUAUUCGGCCGCUCUGUCUUCCAGGAGCAGGAGAUGAGUCACUCCGUCUCCAGCUCAGUAUGGACCCUGGGAAGUUGGGGGAAUUCCGCCUCUCGCUGCGGGACGCCAGCGGAACAGCUCGCAGUGUGACCAUUGCAGACUUUGACUUGAGGUUGGUGCACUAUGAGGUGAAGUCUCCUAAGUGCCAUGAGCUGAGUUUAGCCACACCACCUCACGACCGCAUCAGCUUCAACUUCCGCUGUGAACAGGAAGCCCAGGAGUGGGCCACGGUGAUGAUGUCAUCGCUGCGAGAGGCGCACAGGGUGGCAGAGAACCACUCCCCGGGGGACAGCCAGCUGCCCCUGGAAGCAUCGGAACCCCAGAACUCUGCAUCUUUACCUCACACAGAGGAGAUGUGUGCAGAGCUCACCAAGGCCAUUGAGGAUGGUGACAUGCAGACGGCCUCCCUAUUGGCUGCCUCCCUGGCCAGACAGCAGGCAGCUCUCAGGAUCCAGCCCUCUGUGAGGAGCUGUGAGGAGACAGAGAUUAGCUUGGCUGUCGUGGUCGAAGAUUCGUCGUCGUCCUGUUGCGUCACGGUGAAAGUCUUCCCCCACGCGACCAUCGCAGCACUUAAGCAGCAGGUGUUCCUGGAGUACGGUUUCCACCCCCGGGUGCAGCGCUGGGUGAUCAGUCAGUGUCUGUGCACGGACCAGCGCUCUCUGGCCUCCUACGGCGUGCGUCGUGACGGCGACACGGCCUUCCUCUACCUGCUGACGGCCCGCCACUCCCGGCUGACUCGCCAUCUGCUCCAGCAGGACCAGGAGAGCGCCCUGCUCCUCGCCCCGCCUUCCAACCCUCCCCCCUCCUGCUCACACCCUCACCCUUCGUCCCUCGGGAGCAGCAACAGUGGUGGUGGCCCCCCGAAGGACUGGAGGACAUACAGCACCAUGCCCCCCCAGCUGUAUGAUAACGGCACAGGCAAUAAGGCAGCAGGUGGGGCAGAGAAACAGAACGUUGGUGAGCUCAGAGAUCUCAUCCACUUGGAGAUGCCUCAACUUAACCAAGCACUGACCCAAAACAAAUCCAGCUCUCAGGGUUGGGCCUGUCCAUCCUGCACAUACAUCAACAAGCCCACCCGGCCAGGCUGUGAGAUCUGCAGCACUGACCGCCCGGAGAGCUACACAGUCCCUGGAGGCUACAGGCCAGACCCCCUGGAGCUACGUCGCAUCCAGCAGGAGAAGGAGGCCGUCCGUCAGUACCAGCUGGCGAGGGAGGCCGAGCGCAGGGAGAACUUCGCCCGGCUGGUGAUGCUGGACGGCCAGGAUCUGAUCCCCAACCCGGACUGCGUGGACUGCAGGAUCUGCUACCUGGACCUGCAGCCUGGGGAGGGGGUUCUGCUCAGGGAGUGCCUACACUGCUUCUGCAGGGUUUGCCUGCGCUCGGUGAUUCUCCUGUGCGAGGAGCCGGAGGUGGCCUGUCCAUACAGAGACGACACGUACGCCUGUGAAUACACUCUGCAGGAGAGGGAGAUCAGGGCCCUGGUGUCGGAGGAAGAGUACGAGCGCUGGCUGCAGCGGGGCCUGUCUGUGGCUGAGUCUCGCUGUGAGGGCAGCUACCACUGCGCCAGCCCGGACUGCCCUGGCUGGUGUGUGUACGAGGACACGGUCAACAUCUUCCACUGUCCUGUUUGCAACAAGCACAACUGCCUGCUCUGCAAGGCGAUCCACGAGGGGAUGAACUGUAGGCAGUAUCAGGAUGACCUGACGGCCCGCGCUGUCAACGACUCGGCAGCCAGGAGGACCAGGGAUCUGCUCAAGACUCUGGUGCGGUCUGGAGAGGCCAUGCACUGCCCCCAGUGCGGCAUCAUUGUGCAGAAAAAGGAGGGCUGCGAUUGGCUGCGCUGCACCGUCUGUCACACAGAGAUCUGCUGGGUCACCAGAGGGCCUCGUUGGGGUCCAGGGGGACCUGGAGACACAAGUGGAGGCUGUCGCUGCAAUGUGAACAAGCAAAGAUGCCACCCGAAGUGCCAAAACUGUCACUGAGAAAGAUGUUACUGUUGUGAGAGAGGGAAAAUGAGUUGAAGCAAUACUUCUAACUGGAAUAAAAGGGAGGAUUGAAAGGUGGGAUGUAUACGCCAAAGAAGUUGUCUUGUCAGGAAAAAUUCGUAUUUAUCAUUGCACUGCAUAUUUACCUAAGCGUGUUUAUAUCUUUGUAUUUUGCUUUGUUUAUUAUUUUUUUAUUUUAUUCCUUAGAAUCAUUCAAUGCUGAUUAGGGAAGCAUUUGGAUAAGUGUCCUUAACAUAACCGUCAAUGCUCAAAGUCUGCUAACGACACAGACAUAAAACACCACUACCGAGCCCAAAAUAAUAAUUAUCUAUGCCAUUUUCUGUGUAGAAAAACAACAAACAAGGCUGUGUAGAGGGUUAUUAGUUGUGAAAUGAACAAGCUACUCUGUGUUUUGGUCCUGUUUCUGUCUCUGUACAUAAUGGCUCAGGAUGAAUUAAGACUGAUAUCUCUCAGCCUAAAUAAGGAGCUUUAUUGACUGUUCUAUUUAUGACUUACGUGCUAUAUGCCUCAGACAAGUCCCCAAGCCUAAAAAACUGUUGUGUGUGUGUGUGUGUGUGUGUGUGUGUGUGUGGUGGAAACUGUACACUCAGGAGCUAUUUGCCUUUGUGCCUUUAUAAUGUUUCAAUAAACCCACUCA